ACGAAAUACAGCCAUGGGCGAAAAUGUAAAGGGGGAGAUGUGACGCGUAGUGAACGGCUAUAUCGGCAGCUGACAAUUGACAAGGCUUUGGCAACAAUAGGCGCAUUCUGUAUUCCAUAUAUGGUGUCCCUCGAAUCACGACACCCGCGCAUGCCCUGUGUAGCAAGCAUGCGCCACUACCCAGCAAAAAACACCACUUACCACUGAAUCAAUCGCCGCCGGGUAUCCGCGCGCCAUGCCCUCGACCCUGAGCGCCGUGUCCUCAACCACGCUGUCUGCCUCGCUCUCCUCUUCAGUGUCGUUUACUGGACCCACGGCGCUAGUAGCUGCCACGUUGCUCAUGGAAAGAUCGGCGCCGGUUACUGCGGUGGCCAUGCCCCAUGAUUCCAGAACGCUCUCAGUCGACAGCCGGCCCUUUUCCAGCCGGCCCGCCACCACAGAUGCCGAGCCCUGCUGCCGCCCCUGUACCGUCUGCCGGCUACUUUGCGCACUUGCAGCCAUCCCGCCAGCAGUUCCCGCAUAUGGGCGCUCCGAGUCAAACUCCAGGUCAAUUUUGAAGCUUCCCGCAUCGCCCAAGCCAGCUGCCGCCCGGCUCUGCUGCCCGGUCGGUGUCCUGGGCUCCAUUCUCGCUGCACGAGCGCGCGUUGCCGGCCGUCCAUUGCCGCUGGUUGACGCCAUUAAUGCGGCAGUGGUCGACAGCAGCGCCCUCUGGGCGGUGUACUUGAGCUCGGCGGCGCUGGGCGGUGGCAGCUCCAGCUCCUCCUCGCUGCUCUUAUCCUCGCUGACCAGAAUCGGCGCGCGCACCACGGCCUUGCCGCUAUGCGUAUUGAUUACCCGGACAUGGAACCCCUGCAGUUUGCUGUGUGUAUCGGCCUCCUGUGACGCUUUGGACUUUAUGCUGGCGCUGGUUGCCGUGCGUCGCACCUGUGCUCCGUCGCUGCUCGCUAUGGGCGUCUUUGGCGUGCGUGUGGAUAUCGGAUACCCAGUUGUCUGGGUGCGCGCCACGUCCAGUACCUGCGGCUUCGCCGUCCGCUGCGCUGAACUGUAUAGAUCCAUUUCUGACGGCUUCCUGCCCGUCGAGUACAGUCGGCGUAGGAGCGUGUGUGGCCCUUGCUCGCCGGCCUCGUGUGUUUGCAAUGCUGCCUGCUUCAAGUCGGGCGUCGACGGUGUGUAUCGGCUGCUUCCUUUCAAUAGCCGCGCGCUGACUGACCGCCGGAGCCCCGUAUGGCUGCUUUUGCUGGUGGAAUGCUUUUGGCUGCUGACUACAGAAGAGCAUGGGUGCGGUUAGUAUCGAGUUCACUGCACUCGUGUGAUCCCUGGUGCUGAGGCUGAAUAUCGUAAACAUCUCUGCCCGCACAUCCUCCAUCCCGCAUGGGUUACACAGCACGAAAAGGGAAUGGGCCCAGGGACUACGCAGGCAGGCCACAUACACAUUAAAGGGAGAGCAGGCCC